GUAAGGGCGUGCGGCAUUUCAGUUUGACGUCGUGAUGAGUGACAAGUGGAGUGAGGAGUCUGUAGAGGGCUAUCGUAAUGGAAAUCAAGGUUGCGAAAAACCGACCACAGAGGAAAAUAAUGAAUUAAUGGAAGUAGAUGGGUCCGAAUUCAAAAAUGAGGUUUACAUUCUGGGCCGGUCUCGUCCACUUGAGGAUGACGAAGAGCUAGUUAUGGAUAAAAGGGCUUAUAGAAUGUUUUUCGAAUUAGAAGUAGAGUUUCCAAGUCUCAGUUUUGAUAUUCUAACGGAUAACCUUGGUUUUGAUCGCUGUGUUGAGGUUAAUGGUGAGGCUCACAGUGUUUGCCUCAUAUCGGGUACAGAAGCACCGAAAGAUAACCAAAACAAACUUAUAGUCAUGCGUCUAUCAAAUAUGUUGCCGUUCAGAAGAAAGAAUCCUACUGAAGACACGGAUUCUGAUUCAGAGGACGAAAGUGAUUCUGAAGAAGAUCUUGAUGCGGAACCUGAUGUUGAGGCUGCUACUAUCCUACAUCAAGGUACAGUCAAUCGAGUCCGGGCCAGUCAACAUAGGGGUCGAUACCUUGCUGCAUCCUGGUCAGAAAAUGGAUUGGUAUUCAUAUGGGAUUUAACCAGACCCGUUACGGCUGUAAAUGAUUCUGCUGUCAUGGCUGAUUAUGUACGUCAUAAUGAAUCUCCUUCACCUUUAUUCACAUUUAAUGGUCAUAAUUCAGAAGGCUUUGCUUUGGACUGGGGUAUUCAUACUAAUUCUUCAGGACAUUUAGCUACAGGAGAUUGUAAUGGUCGUAUUUAUCACUGGAUACCUCGAUCGUCUGACUGGGCUAUAUCAAAAAGAGCCUAUUUAGGUCAUACAGAUUCAGUUGAAGAUAUUCAGUGGUCUCCUACGGAACCCACUGUAUUUAUCUCUGUUUCUUCGGAUCAUAGCAUACGCGUUUGGGAUGUUCGCGCACCAAUAUCGAGUGGCAGCAUGCUUACAGUUUCAGAAGCCCAUCCAGCUGAUAUAAAUGUUGCUUCUUGGAAUAAGUUGCAAGCUCUUAAUUUUCUAACGGGGGGAGAUGAUGGAACUUUAAGAAUAUGGGAUUUACGAUUAGUUCACAGUUGUUACAGUGGCAAAAAGUCGAACAAUGGAUCUCUACCUGCUUAUACGCACUUAUUUGAUUACCACAAGAAACCAAUCACAUCAGUAGAAUGGCAUCCAAACGACGCUGGAAUGUUUGUAGCUACAUGUGAAGACGAUCAAGCUACAUUCUGGGACAUUAGUUUAGAACAAUCUGAACAAGAAGUAAAACAGUCAAAUGAAUCAAGUUCAAAUCAUGAGGCAGAUGAAGAAGAGGAUUUAGGCAUACCAGUCCAAAUGUUAUUUGUUCAUGGUGGUCAAACAGAGCUAAAGGAAGCACACUGGCACCCGCAGAUACCAGGACUAGUAUUUACAACAGCAUUAAAUGGCUACAAUGUUUUCCGUACUUGUAAUAUUUAAAAUCCUCGGUGUUACCUUACGCCAUGUAAAUGCAACGCGUCUUUCGUCGUUCAAUUACUCCAUAACUUUUCUUAUAAAAUAACCUAAUGCUACUUUGAACUGGUUCGUUCGAAACCAAUUGAAUCAAAGCUGAGUAUGCUUCACCAAAAUACAACUACUUUUGUACACAUUGAUAUCGAUUUUAUGCUUCGCCAACGUACCUUAGGUCCCGUUAUAUAUUACAAACAAUUAGUCUGAAGUGAUAUACAACCUAGUUGUACGUUGGUGUGUGGCUUUUCAGAAAUCCCUACAAAUGUGUUAGAUGUUCAUGAAAUGAUAAGCGAUUGUCUUUGAGUAAUCCAACGAGCAAAAUGUUUUACUAUUAUUAGAUUGAUUGUAGUGUAGUGGACGCUACUCACAAGGAUGUUUGUUAAUAGUGUUUAUCGGAACGUGGCAUCGAAGUUGUAACAAUUGUCGGACAGAGUUUCAGUGCAUCGAAAGUACGAUGUUGACAGAACACUUGGACGCCAGUUGAGAAGACAGUUCAAAUUGCAGAACACACCGGAAGAUGUAAAUAGACGACUGAAGACUAUAUAUAUGUAUUAUGCAAAUACUUUGUAACUUCUCGCAAUAAAUAUACAUACGUUCUGCCUAUUGUUGUGUUUUACAGUAGUAAAAGUACUUACAAAGACGGCAACACUACAUACUGAGAACAAUUGUCAGGUCUAUUUAUUCAAAGCACCCAAUAGAAAAAAAGUUAGGUAAAUAGAACCAAAAGAAUAGUAAUAAAAUUGCUAACCACAUAUGAAAUGAAAGGUUGUUCCGAUUUUCAAUAUAUUAUAGGUAAUAAAUCCACUUAACAAAACUGUCCAUACAUUCUGUGUAAAAUAAAUAUUCAACAAUUGGAAUAUAUAUAUAUAAUAUCCAGUCUUCAUCCAUCAUGAGUUUCGAUACAACGAAGAAAUUGUAUAAAACGGAAACAAACUGCUGAUCACAGAGGUGCCCAAGAUAUCAUCAAGAAUAAGGAACACCAAAUUGUUCCCAAUGGGGAUUAUUGGUUAUGUAUUAUUCAUUUCAUAUUCACUCCGACAAAUAUAUGUGAACAUUUACGAAAAAAGGAAGGAUAGAAAAUGUGACAAAAAGAAGUCAUGUUUAGAUUCAUUUGAAUUUAAUAGGCUAAAAUAUAGGAUAGAGUGAGUGCAGUUGUAUAAAAUACAAUAUACUAACAACGUAUACAACAGAGAAAAGCAGACCAGAAGGGAUAAUAUUAGAAACACAUAGAUCACAUCAGUAUUCAUAGGAACCCUUUGUAAUAAUGAUUAGGGAUCAUUAAAAGC